GCGGAGCGGAGCGGAGCCAUGGCCGCCGGUGGGUAUAACCCAUAUAUAGAGAUAAUUGAACAACCCCGGCAGAGGGGAAUGCGUUUCAGAUACAAAUGUGAAGGGCGCUCAGCAGGCAGCAUUCCAGGGGAGCACAGCACAGACAACAACCGAACGUACCCUUCCAUCCAGAUUAUGAACUAUUAUGGAAAGGGAAAAGUGAGGAUUACAUUGGUAACAAAGAAUGACCCCUUUAAACCUCACCCUCAUGAUUUAGUGGGAAAAGACUGCAGAGACGGCUACUAUGAAGCGGAAUUCGGACAGGAGCGCAGGCCUUUAUUUUUUCAAAAUUUGGGUAUUCGAUGUGUAAAGAAAAAAGAAGUAAAAGAAGCUAUUAUUUCAAGAAUAAGGGCAGGAAUCAAUCCUUUCAAAGUCCCUGAAGCACAGCUCCUUGAUACUGAAGAUUGCGACCUCAAUGUGGUGAGAUUAUGUUUUCAAGUUUUCCUCUAUGAUGACCAUGGUAAUUUGACGACUACUCUACCUCCUGUUGUCUCUAACCCAAUUUAUGACAACCGUGCCCCUAAUACUGCAGAAUUAAGGAUUUGUCGUGUAAACAAGAACUGUGGAAGUGUCAGAGGAGGAGAUGAAAUCUUUCUACUCUGUGACAAAGUUCAGAAAGAUGACAUAGAAGUUCGGUUUGUGUUGAAUGAUUGGGAAGCAAAAGGCAUCUUUUCACAAGCUGAUGUACACCGUCAAGUGGCCAUUGUCUUCAAGACUCCGCCGUAUUGCAAAGCUAUCACGGAACCGGUGACAGUAAAAAUGCACCUGCGGAGACCUUCUGACCAGGAAGUUAGUGAAUCUAUGGAUUUUAGAUACCUGCCAGAUGAAAAAGAUACUUAUGGCAAUAAAGCAAAGAAACAAAAAACAACUCUGCUUUUCCAGAAACUGUGGCAGGACUGUGCAGUUAAUUUUCCUGAAAGACCUAGACCUGGUCCUCUAGGAUCAACUGGAGAAGGACGAUUCAUUAAAAAAGAAUCAAACUUGUUUUCUCAUGGUACAGCUUUGACAGAAAUGCCCAGGACUGCGGGAGUUUCAAGUCAAGCAGAGCCCUACUACCCGCCGUCUGUGCCCAUCCCGAGCACAGUGCCGCAUCACGCUGCAGCCGUGCCCCCGAUGGCGCCUCCGCCUUCUUCAGGCUGGUCCUCCGUGGCCCACCCGACCUCCUGCUCAGUCAGCACCAACCCACUGAGUAGUUUUUCAACAGGGACAAUUUCCUCUAACUCACAGGGUAUCCCGUCAUUCCUGGAAAUGCCUGUUAGUGAAUUGAAUGCUUCUAACGCUUGCCUUUAUAACAGUACUAACGACAUAGGCAGAAUGGAAGCUUCGUCCAUGUCACCAGCUGACUUGUAUGGCAUCUCUGAUGCCAGCAUGCUGCAGAAUUGCCCUGUGACUAUGAUAACGCCCAGUAAUGACAGCAUGAGGGAGACUGACGGUUCGAGACUUAUGAGAAUGAAUAUUGGAAGCCCCUCCUGUAACUCAAUGUUAGACCCAAGAGACUUGAGACAGCUCCAUCAGAUGCCCUCUUCCAGCAUGGCAGCAGGCGCCAGUUCCAGUACUGCUGCUUUCGUUUCGCAGUCAGAUGCAUUUGAGGGAUCUGACUUCGGCUGUGCAGAGAGCAUGGUAAAUGAGGCAGGGCCCUCAAAUGGCCCUAAUCCAAACAGCCAUGGUUUUGUUCAAAGUCAGUAUUCAGGUAUUGGCACUAUGCAGAAUGAGCAGUUAGGCGGCUCAUAUGCAUUUGAGUUUUUUUCAAGUUAACUUGUAAGAGUUAAGUGAUGGUUCAAGCUUUAAAUCCUUUUUAAUGUUUGCAACCGUUUUGAUAUUACCUACAUAGAAGCAACAUUUCCUAUUUCUCCAACCAUAUGUAGGUGAUUUCUUUGGCAGGCCACCUUGGCUCUGGAGCUUUUCAGAGAAUUGGAAGAGAGGGAUGAACUCAUUUCCCACCUUCGGGAAGAGCUGGAAAAAGUCCAGAAGACUUUUGCUUCAAGAGUAGAUAAAUCCACACACAUUGAACUUUAGGCUAUGAUGUCCUGUGGAAUUCUACGUGCACCGCACAUAGUUUAUUUAAACUAGUACAUAUUUCAGCCUGUGCUCGACCACUAUUUGACCAUUAGAAGUGUAUAAUGAAUCUGUGACAUGUUAAAUAUUAAAUAAAAUCAAUUUUUCCAUUUAAAAACAAAAA